UAGUCUUUGUAUAACAUACGUCGCGUUAACAUUAAAAACGUUGGAAAAAUUUAAAUGAAUAAAAUUGAAAAAUAAUUUAAUUGUUAUAUGUUUUCUGUUAAAUGAAUUUUAAAGAAAAAUUAACACAAAAAUUAAAUUAAAAAAGGAAAUAUUUUAAAAUAAAAUUUUAAAGAAAAAAUAACAAAUAAUAACGAAACAUAAAAUUUGAAAUUAAAAAACAAAAAAUUGAUUUUAUAAUUUGUGUGUGUGCAAAAUUUCAUACUGCUGCAAUUCUAUAAAAAUAGAACCAACAAUAAAUAUAAUAAUCAAUUUUGACUGCCUGCAUUUAAGAAGAUUACUUAACAUAAAUUAUUGUCUCAGCUGCAAAUAAACAAUAACUAUAAUUAUUAAUAACAAUUAUUAUAUAAUCAUUACACCACAAUUGUAUCCCGAUGACUGUUAUAAAUGAUAUAAAGCCCUUAAGUGGGUGUGGCAGUGGUGGCAAUAAGUCUGAUUGUGGCACAGGCGUUUUGGGCAUUAAUUGCUGUUCAACGGCUGCCAGUUCGGAAAUUUCUAUAGAUCAAACCACCCCUAGUUCAUCGAAUUCGAAUUCAACAACAAAAGUUAAUAAUUUAUCGUACAAUUUAUAUGAUGAUAAUUUUUCGCGCUGUAAAAAAGUCGAUAUUGAAUUUGAGAAAGUGAAAUAUACGGUUAGUAAAUUUUCAUUUGCGGAAACGAAAUUUGUGACAAAAGAAAUUCUUCAUAGUAUUAAUGGUGCAUUUCGCUCCGGCGAGUUAACAGCAAUUAUGGGUCCUUCAGGUUCUGGCAAAAGUACGCUUUUGAAUGUUAUGAGUGGCUUCAGCUCCACUGGUGUUACCGGCACCAUACGCGUCAAUGGCAAAGUGGUGUCCACAAAUUCUCAAAAAUAUCGCGAAUUAUCCUGUUAUAUACACCAAGAUGAUUUGUUGCGUCCCCAACUAACGGUUGGUGAAAUAAUGAUGCUUGCCGCCCAUUUAAAAUUGGGCUUUAAGAUCUCCAAACAAAGUAAAUUAAAUUUAGUUAAACACAUUUUAUCUCUAUUGGGAUUGGAUCAUCGUUUCACUGUUUUCACAGCGAAAUUAUCGGGUGGCCAAAAGAAACGUUUGGCGAUUGCAUUAGAGUUAAUAAGUAAUCCGCCGGUACUAUAUUUGGAUGAACCAACAACUGGUUUGGACAGCUCAUCUUGCAGUCAAUGUAUAAGUCUGUUAAAGAAAUUAGCAGCCCAGGGACACACCAUUGUUUGUACUAUUCACCAGCCCUCUGCCUUGGUAUUUGAAAUGUUCGAUAAGCUGUAUACUGUGGUAGACGGCCAUUGUAUGUAUCAGGGACCGGUUAGAGAACUAAUACCCUUUCUGGCCGAUCAGAAUCUUAUGUGUCCGAGUUAUCACAAUCCUGCUGAUUUUUUACUAGAAGUGGCUGUUGGCGAUUAUGAACGUGAUUUAGAGAAAUUAAUUAAUGCUGCAAACAAAAAGUAUUUUGAAGACUCGGAUUCUCAAUUGAAUCAUGUUACGCGGCUUUUAUCUAAAAUAAAAGCUGACAAUGUUGACUUAACCAGUUGUCAUCUAACCAGCGGCAAUAAACUUACAAAAAUCUUCAAUACAACUGCAGCAAGUUUGCAGUUGCCAACCUUCGAGUAUGUUAAACCCUCAGCCGAGGAACUGGCCUUAGAAGAAGCGAAGGCUCUUAAUACAACAGACGACAACACGGAUGAGCCGCAGCAACAAGAGCAACAACAUGAGCAACAGCAACCGCAACAACCACCAUCAAAGUCAUUAAUUGACAUUGACAGCAAAAAUGUGGUGAAAGCCUCAUUCUUCAUGCAAUAUCUUUUACUAUUAAAACGGAUUUUAAUUUGCUCAAAGCGUAAUUAUUUUCUGCUCAUGGCUCGCAUAUUAUCACAUUUAUUCAUUGGUGUCGUAUUCGGUUACCUGUACAAAAAUGUCGGUGAAAAAGCCACUACAGUAUUGGGCAACUAUGUCUACUUGUAUGGCACCAUAUUGCUGCUGGUGUACACGGGCAAAAUGGCCGUAGUUCUAACGUUCCCUUUAGAAAUUGGCAUGUUAUCACGCGAACAUUUCAAUCGCUGGUAUAACUUGGGGCCCUACUUUCUGUCGCUGUUGUCAUUCGAAAUACCUUUCCAGAGUAUGUGUGCUGUAGGAUACAUGUCUAUUAGCAUUUAUCUGACCAACAAUGACAGUGAUGAAACUUUCCGUGUGUAUUAUUUUGUAAUGUUUGCCGUAUUGGCCACGUUGUGUGCCCAAGCAUGGGGCUUCUUUGUGGGAGCUACUUUGCCCACUAAAUUGGCUGUCUUCUUGGGUCCUAUAUUGGCUGUUAUGUUCUCCAUAUUCGGUUUCUGUUCCCGUUAUAUCGAUAUAACUCCCAUAUUCCGUUGGAUGUGGCACAUAAGUUAUUUUAGAGCCGGAUUUCAUGGUGCCUUAAAUGCUAUCUAUGGCAUGGAAAGACCAUUUUUACCCUGUCCCGAGGGAACCAUGUAUUGUCAUUUCCGUAGUCCCAAAGUGUUUCUCAACUAUAUGAUGAUAUCGGAUGUGAAUAUGGCCCACAGUGUCAUAUUGAUGUUAUCGAUUAUUGGUGUCAUGCACAUUCUAACCGUAAUACGUUUGUGGCAUAAGUUAAAUAAACGCUAAGAGUUAAAAAGUUCUAUAGAUUUUUGUUCAAUAAUUGUAAAUAAUUCAUAAAAAUUUUCUUUAAUAUUUAUUGUUUUUUUUUCAUAAAUUUUGUAGUUAAUCCAUUUACCUUUUAGCCAUUUUAUUACAUUUACAUUCCAUUAGUUAUAUUAUUAUUGGCUUUAGGGUUUAGUUUAGUAAGUAUCACUUUUUAAUGUCAAGUAUUUUAUUGUUUUUUUUAUAUAAAUGUAUGAUUGUGUAUUUAGUUUUUAAUUUUUUUAUAAAUUGUUUUCGUUUGUUAGAAAUAUAUACCAAAUACUAGUGUUUAGUUUUAAAAAGAACAAAAACUUAUCUAUCACUUAACACAUUUUAAUCACAUGAAAGUAAAAGAAAAAACAGAUCUUGCCAAAAAAAAACAAUGUCAACAAUUGUAAAAACUCGAUAAUUUCAUUUUUCCAAAAUUAUUUCUAUAUGCCCUAUGUCAUUAUUUAUUAUAAUUUGUUUUACUAAAUUGAAAAUUAAUAUUAUUUACAAAUUUUAAUUUUAGUUACUUAAAUACGAGAUCUUUGUUAUAAUAAGAAACGGUGAUAAUAAUAAAUUUAAAAAAUAAAUUAUUUAGGUAAAAGUUUAAAAA